AUGCGGCAGGGGCGCAGCGGCACGCUAGGCGGCAGUCAGGGCGCUCACACGCGCAAGUAUUCCAGUGGCGGCAAUGCAGGUCUGCUCGCUGGCGAUGUGAAUGGCUACGGAGACAACGCGGCGACUGCGAAAUGCGAUACAUAUAACGGCGUGGGAACGGGUGCUGGUGUCGGUGUUGGUGUUGGUGUCGGUGUCGGUGUCGGUGUCGCAGGCAGAGGCAUUCCACAGGAGAGAAGCUCAAUUGGAUCAGUUAAUGUGCCAGUCACAACAGUCAGCAGCUUGGGAAUAACGCUCCGUGAACGUUUGUCUAGCGUCAGCGGUGCAUCAUCGGCAAGUGGAACGGCUGGCGAGGCUGGCUUAUCGGCAAGUGCUGGCGGUGCAGCUGGUGGCUCAGCGCCAACAAUAGGCGGCAGCAGCGGCAGCGUGCCACAUUGCAAGCGUCAGGGCAGCUUCUCGAAUGUAUUCUCAAAGCUAAUCGAUGGUACGUCCGCUGGCACAAUGUUCGCCAAGUUCAAAAGCGCCAACGUGGCGGCCGCCACAUCCACACAGAAUGUCGCCGAGGGCAAUCCCAUAACGCAGUACUUCGAGAUUGGCAAGCCGGUGGCCUCUGCUGGGCCAGAGCUCAUCUGGCGCAUACACGAUGGGUAUCGUAAGAGUGACAACAAGGAAUGUUCGGUGUUUAUAUUUGAGAAAAAGGUGGCAGAGAAACUGCACAAGCCGCGCCGCAAGGAGACCAUUACAGAGCUGCUGAAGAGCUCGGUAAAGACAUUGGAACGCUUUCGUCAUCCCAGGAUACUUCAAAUCUAUCAUACCGUCGAGGAGAGUGCGGAUACGUUGGCCUUUGCCGCAGAGCCCAUUUUUGCCAGCCUUUCAAAUGUGCUGGCCUUUCAUGAGUCGAAAACCUAUGAGAAUGCCAGCGUGGCGCCAGCAGCGGGUGGCGGGACGCCACAGACGCAGCCAGCAGCUGGGGCACAGCCCCAAAGGCCGGCGCAUGCAAAGGAAUACAAUUUCUUGGAUAUGGAGCUGAAAUAUGGAUUCUUGCAGUUAACGGAGGCUUUGUCCUAUUUGCACUAUUCCGGUCACGUAAUUCAUCGAAAUGUGUGUCCAUCUUCUAUACUAAUAACCAAGCGGGGCAUUUGGAAGCUGGCUGGCAUGGAAUAUGUGGAAAGAAUGAAUGAGACUGAUUUGAAUAGCUCAAUUCCGUGCCCACCAUGGAGCAACAGGGUAUCAAAAAUGGCACAGCCCAAUCUGGACUUUAUGGCGCCCGAGACGCAGACGAGCUCCAAAUGCAGCCUGCUGAGCGAUAUGUUCUCCCUGGGCAUGGUCAUCUGUGCGGUGUACAACAAUGGACGACCACUUAUACAGGCCGGCAACUCUACAUCCAACUAUGCCAAGCAAUUGGAAACGCUGGAUGACCAUGUGCAUAAGCUGAUGCCGCGGCUGCCCAUUGCUCUGCAGGAGGCGACAUCGCGCAUGGCCAGUCGGGAUCCGACAGCGCGACCCACCGCUCAGUUGCUGCAGCUGAUCAAAUACUUUAUCGAUCCGGCUAUUAAUGCGUUGAAAUUCCUCGACGUGGUCAACAUGAAGGACACGCAGCAGAAGUCACAGUUCUAUAAGACCACCUUGAUAGAGGCUAUGCCGCUGAUACCGCGCAAACUCUGGUGGCAGAACCUGUGGCCCAUGCUCAAGUCGGAGAUUAACAAUGGCGAGGUGCUCGCCGCGGUCCUUCAGCCCGUGAUGCUGUUCGUUCAGGAGGCAACGCAUGCGGAGUACGAUGCCCUAAUGUCCGCCACAAUGAAAAUUGUCUAUAACACACCGAAAUCCAUUCAGGCGAGCGUCACAAUACUUGAGAACUUGCACUUGAUAAUUGAGAAAACGAAACCGGAGGAUGUCACCACAGAUAUAAUGCCAAUGUUAUUCUUUUCAUUCGACGGAUCCACAAUUCAAGUGCAGAGCGCGGCUGUUGUGGCCGUGGCCAAUGUGUUUGAUAGCAUUGAUGAGCUGUCCAUUCGUCGCAUGGUUUUGCCCAAAGUCAAAUUGGUAUUUGAGAAGAACAUCACGGAUCCAAAGAUAGUGCAGAACGUGCUCAUGUGCAUUGAGCGUGUCAUGGACCGCAUGGAGCGGGCACAGGUUAUGGAGGAGGUGCUGCCCUUGCUGGCAAAUGUCCGCAUACCAGAUCCGGAUAUUAUCAUGCGGACUGUGCGCAUCUACCACAAGCUGUUUGCGGACAAAUCCUAUGGCUUAACUGUGGAAACGAUGGCCACCAAUGUGCUGCCCCUGCUCAUACCGCACACUGUCAAUCCGUCGUUGAACUUUGAGCAAUAUUGCUAUCUGCUUGAGGUGCUGCAGCAAAUGCUGGAGGCCAUCGAUCGUCAGCAGCGCAACAAAUUGAAGCUGGACAACCUAUCGAUGGCCUCGCCGGAGCGGCAUCGCACAUUGCGGCAUCAGUACUCCACGGACAACAUGAAUGCCCCACCAUUCAAUAUACCCAAUUUGCGUAUUGAUCAGCGCAAGACAUCCAGUGCCGAGGAUAUGGCGCGCAAGAAUUCUGGUGGCUCUGGCAUGCUGGGCGGCUGGUGGUUUGGCUGCUCGCCAUCGUCACCGGAUAGCAAUUUCCUGCGCGUCGGCAAUGUGUUUCCCAAUCGACGGCUCUCGGACAACACGCUGAUGACACCAAAGAUACGCAUCGCGCCCUCAUGCGCCUCCUCGCCGGGCGGCACACCGGGCAGCGGCCUGCCCACCCGUCGGCACUCGAGCAUUGGACCCCAGGAGCGACGCGGCUCCACCAUCAAUUUGUCACCGCCAACUGGUGGCUCCAUGCCCAACACAUCGAGCAGUGUACCAUUUCUGCUGUCAUCCAGUAUGCAAUCGAUACGUUCGCGCCGUACAUCGACUGUGCUGUCAUCGGGUCCACUCGGCUCCGGUUCGGGCCUGUUGCAACAGUUGGGAUCCGGCAUGGUAAGACAAUUAACUUCCGUAUCCGGUACGGUUAGUCCGGUGCCGCUAUUGCGGGUGAAUGGUACGCGCAACAACAACAGCGUCCGAAAGUGUCCUUACAACUACAACUACAGCUACAGCAAUGUGCGGUACAGGGCGCAGCAACGCAACAUGAAUCUCAAUCUGAAUACGCCAAAAUAA